UGACGGCCCCACUCCCUGCGCCCUCGGCCGCUGACACCCCAUCACACCGCUGCGGGCACUCCGGGGAGACCUGGCUGCCUCUGCGCACCCCCGCGGCAGCCUGCAGGCGACGGGGGCGGGGACGGUGCCAAGCGCCCCUCAUUCGGCCGCACACCUGCGUCUCCACUGCGGGCUCCUCCGCGCCGCUGCCCUUCCCUGCCCUGCUCCGAUGGUGCCACCGGUGUCACUGGCCACUGCUCCAUCCAGGAAUUGCCUGCGCGGCGGAGGGUGCUGAGCGGUCCUGGGCGCGCGCAAGGCCGGUGAGUGAGCGGAGGAGACGACGACGGGGGGCGGGGGGGAGACCAGGGUGCACCUGAGGUGGCCGAGGGGAGCCCUCUGCCAGCGCCCGCGCGCUCCCGCCCCCCGCGAGCCCGGUUCGGAGGUCGCGGCGCCCCCCGGAGCCUGUCGCCGUGGCGCACGCGCGGCCGCCGCUCCUGCCGCCAACUUCGGUAGGUGCUCGUCGGCGUCGAGGGGACACGGUCCGUGGAGGAGGCUUCCGGGACUUGCUGCCGAGUGAGUGACCGCAGACCGCGCGGGGGCCGCUGCUCGGUUUCCCAAGCGGGAGUCCGAGCCGCAGCCCGGAGAGCCCGUGCGGGUCCUGCAGGGUGCGGGUCCCGCCGGCGCCGGGCAGGGAGGGGCGCGGGGCGGGGCGGGCCGGGAAGUUCCCUCCUGGUCCGGGGGCCACGCGCGGCCUUAUCGGGGCGCCGCGGGCUCUGCUCCGCCCGGGGCGCAGGUGGCCAUGGUGCUGGGGCCCACCCGCUAGCGCCGCCAUGUCCCGAGAGGCUGGCUCCUGUCGCCUGGGCCCCGGGGCGCGGGCCCGGGCGCGGAAGCCCAAGAAGCCGCACUACAUCCCGCGGCCCUGGGGCAAACCCUACAACUACAAGUGCUUCCAGUGUCCGUUCACCUGCCUGGAGAAGUCGCACCUGUACAACCACAUGAAGUACAGCCUCUGCAAGGACUCCCUGUCGCUCCUGCUUCACUCCCCCGACUGGGGCUGCCGCCGCCCCGGCCCGGCCCAGCCCCGCGCACCUGCCCCCGGCCACCCCUCCGACCCCUCGGACUCCGGGGGCCCGUCGGACCUCGCCAGUGCUGCCACCCUCUCCCUGCCCCACCACGUCAGGGGCCCCAGGCCCGCUGCUGAGGGGGCCCCAGGGACACCACCCCCUGAGGCCGGGGACGCCCCGAAGGGUGUGGGUCCCGGAGGCCUCUCGGCCGAGUCGUGGAAGCCGAGGUCAGCAGGGGCCCCCAGGAGCGUGGCUGGGGGGGACCCGGCCAUGGCUGCAGCGGGGCCCGAGAGCAGUGUCCCCUGCUACCCCCCGCCCAGCCCUGGGGACUUGCCCGAGGCCCAGAGCUUCCACCUGUCCCUGCUGGGGGUCAACUACCCUCUGGGCCCCGGCCUCUUCUCCUACCUGGGCCCCUCCCUGGCCGCCGCCGCCCACGUGCCCUUCCUGGCCUCGGCAAGCCCCCUGCUGCCCCCGGCCACCGGCUUCCCUGCCCCACAGACCCCCGAGCGCCCUGCCCUGGUCCCACGCCUGUACUACCCCCUGCUCCUGGAACACAGCCUGGGGCUGCCGGCAGGCAAGGCUGCCCUGGCCAAACCCCUUGCCCCCACCAAAGGGCCCCCCGGGACUCUGGCCCCCGGGCUGCCGAAGGUGCCCGUGCCUGGGCUGGGCGGGCCCUGGCCCCGCAGCGCUCUCAGCGACCCCAGGCAGGAGAGGGAGCUAGAGCGGGCUGCCCAGAGUGACCCCCAGAGGAGGCUGCCCCUGGGAAGCCGGCCGGAGCCCCCAAAAGCCCCCUGCGGCAGGGCCAAGUUCAGUUCCCAGAGCAGCCUGCGGACUGGCCCCUCCAUGGUGCUCUGGCCUGAGGACAGGGAGCCGAGUGAGCUGGAGACCCCUGGCCCUGCGGCCCCCCUGCCCCAGCAACCACUGGGCCUGGUGCUGGGGGGCCCUGGGCACGUGAGCGAGGACCUGACGUGGGCCCUUGGCGACUGUGCCAGGGUGGAGCAGCGCCUGGGCCAGUUGGCGCCUGCCGGGGGCCUGGCCCCUCGGCCACUUCGGGAGCAGCUGGGGAAGAUCCGCCGGGAGCUGCUGACCAUUCACCAGGCGCUGGAGCGGGCUGCGUGGCCACCCGAAGCGCCCCUCGACCUCUCUGUGAAACGGGCUCCCACCAAGGGGCACAAGGUGCCCUCAGGGGCCUGGGGGCAGCCAGAGCUGGGCCCUGUGAUGGCCCAGGGGACCCCCGAACCACCCAGCAUGCUGGUGGCCCAGCCUCUGUCGGGCCAUACCACCAAGUGCGAGGCUGACUCCAGUGUCCCCCCCCCAGGGCUUCCCCUCCAGUCCCCAGAGGACCCUGGCGUUCCCGGUAGCUGGGGAGCCCGUGGCGGGGCUGGGGGCUCCUGGCCCCCCGAGGCCGUCCCUGGUCUGCAGAGCUCUCCGGGUGCCCACGUCUGACCACAGCUCCUGCUGCCCCCUGUGCCCUUAACAGACAGGGGCCCUUCUCCCACCCUGUGCCCACCUCCUGCCCCCACCUGCCCCAGCAUGCCUGUGGACAGACCCCAGCCGCCGUGGCCAUGCCCAUCUUUGGGGCACGGCAGAGGGUCUCGGCUCUUUAGCGAUCACAGUUGUGGACAUUAAAAUGAAAACCACA